GACGCGUAUUCACAUCGGCUCUCUCGGACGCCGCGUUCGUGUAACGUCCGGAAGGUGAGAAGAGGAGUGUAAUACACACACGCGCGCGCGCGCGCGUAUACACACCGGUCUCACGAUAUAUAUAUAUAUAUAUAUACCGUGUCGUUUAUAAGUUCUCUGUCCUCUUCAACGUUCGCGAGGUGAAAACGGUAGUGGUACCAGACCAGGUCGAGAACCAUCAGAGAACCAAUCGACGAAAUAUCUAUGCGUAUUCAAGACAGCCGCAACGGUCCUACUACACGCGCGUAGCUUCCUUGGCGCACACGGUGGUGGUAAAUUAUUGGUGUCGGUGAUGGUGAUUACUAGUGGUCGGUGGUGGUCUAUUCCGCGACGUGGUGUUACCGGCCACGGCCGGUGGCAUCCAUCGAGGUAAAAAAAAAAAAUAAAAAGCCAAGGCGGGAAGGAAGACACCUCUUUUUUUUUCACGUCAAACCGGCGCGCCGACGGUUUGAUUGAGUUAACCGUUGAGGGUGCGCGCCACGCGAUCGAGCAAGAAAGAGGGAUACACAUACUUAAUCACUACUAAUCCUACUAGCUGAAAGGAGUAGAGUGACAGACCGAUCUCUUUGACAGAGAUCGGGAGACAUUAACGCAUUAUUCACACAUCUUUAACCCGCGCGCGCGCGCUAUUUACAUUGGGAGGAAGAGCGAGAGAGAGAGAGAGAGAGAGAGAGAAAGAGAGAAAAGAUAUUUAAUUGCUCUCGCGCGGAAUAAUAACUUGGAGUGAUCGAGAGAGGAUUGCGGCUGUAAUUUUAACCAUAAUAAUUACGUUGAACGAUACAACCGCAGGCGAGGACACGCAGUGCGGCACCGAGGAAUCUGCCGUCGCCCAGGGAGGCGAUCAGCUCCAGAGGAUGACUAUGGACGGCGUAGAGGUGGUGGGCUCGCAGCCGCACGCGGCUACCAGCCCGUUUCUGCUCUCCUCGCCACCAUUAGGACACCAUAAUCAUCAUCAUGCGACGUUUAAUCUGCCGGUGCAGCUUAGCUUCGACGCGUGUUUACCGUACAACGCGGCCUCCUCCUCGUCCGGCUCGGUCACUUGCGGCGUCAGCGGGACAUCCGUGAACGCGAUCUGCACGAAUUCGUCCUCUACCAGCUGCGGCAGGAACACGCCGCAGCUCUCCCUAUCCUCGAACGUGCCGUUACAUAUGCAACUUCAGAUCAGCUCGACAACCCCCACGGAACACAACCACGAGCAGCAUCAUCAGCAUCAUCAUCGAUUGGACGGUCAUCAUCAGCAUCAGCUGCACCCCAAUGCCUCGUCACCGUCCAUCGAUCCCGCGGACGACAAGCGGCACCGGCAGCCCGAUGACGACGACAAGAGUUGCAUCAGGAAUUGCAGGAGCGAUAUUCACGAUACGAACGAUAAGGAUAAGCCCGGCGAUUUGAACACGCCGGUCACCACCAGCAGCGACCUACCGUCUUUCUUCGGGCCCUCCGCGCUUGUCGAACCGCCACCAAUCUCAGGCAGCCUGGCGAGCGAGGAUCUCUCUCUGGAAGAGGCAACCGGGGAGGAAGACGAGAACGGCGCGUCCGCCGGUAGGGAUCAUCGGCAUCACCAUCAUCAUCAGGAUGCGCGAAAUGCCGUCACGUCGAACGCGCCUCCUUCGAACAGUCCGCCGUCCCGUCAUCAUCAAACUCAGGACGAGGCCGAACGCUGUAACGUGCUGCAGGGUGGUGUAAUUUUAUACUCACCGCAUUCCACGUCUACCGCCCCCGCGACGAGCGUGAAUAUCUGCAAUGUACCGACAUUGACCUAUCGCGGCGUCUUCACCACCACCUGUACGCAAUCCUCGCCCCUGAGCAAUCUGCAGGGUGACCAGCAGCAGCAACCGCAACAGCCGACGGGUCAGGAGCUGUGGGCGCCGUUACCGUCACCAACGUUAACCUUGGCGGCCCAACCGUUCCUUCACCCCAACCUACACUCGACCGCGUACAGCAGUGAGACCGUCGAAUUGCUGCAGGUCGAUUCGAAGCCACCCCCACCGCCCGGUUACCACGAUACGGCGACCACCACCUCCACGACCUGGCUGACAGGUCACGAGGAUGCUUACGAUCCUGGUCUUCUCUCCCACCAUCAUUCUCACACCCAUCACCAGGAGACGACGUUGAAGCAGGAGCCAACCGGCACCGGUUACACUCCAAACGUACAACAGCCGCAGCAAGCUCAAGCACAAGCUCAACAACAACAACAACAACAACAACAGCAGCAGCAACAACAAGCUCCACCUGGACAAUCUGGUGCCUGCGGUAACGCGGCGGGAGUCCAGCUGGCCGAAUAUAAUCCGAGCACGUCGAAGGGCCACGAGAUCCUUUCUCAGGUCUAUCAGCAGAGCGCGAUACCGCUCCGAUUGGUUCCCGUGAAACCGCGCAAGUACCCAAAUCGACCGAGCAAAACGCCGGUCCACGAGCGGCCCUACGCCUGCCCGGUGGAUGGCUGCGACCGUAGGUUCUCCCGCAGCGACGAGCUUACCCGGCACAUACGCAUCCACACCGGGCAGAAGCCGUUUCAGUGUCGCAUCUGCAUGCGCUCGUUCUCGAGGAGCGAUCACCUAACCACCCACGUGCGCACGCACACGGGUGAGAAACCAUUUUGCUGUGAUCAGUGCGGCCGAAAGUUCGCCAGGAGCGACGAGAAGAAGCGCCACGCGAAGGUACAUCUGAAGCAGAGGCUCAAGCGCGAGGCGUCUCACGCUAAUCCAAGAACCCAUCACCAGAGCCACGCGUCAUCACCCUGCAAUCAAUGAAUUCCAUGACAACGAUGUUGAAAAAUCCCCCCCCCCCUCCCCCUUUAACACGUUUGAGAUCUCAUUACGUUCGUCACGUUGUUCUGACGAGUUGUGAUCUAUGUCUACUCGAUUUUUAUUCUCCUCUCCCUCCUCUCUCUCUCUCUCCUCCUCCCCCCCCCUUUCUCGACCAUCGAUCAUCUCUUCUUUCCUGCAUCUCUCAUUAUGGCCGAUGAAGAAAUUGCGGAAAUCUUUAGGCGGUCAAAAUUGAUCCGUCGUCGACUGAUCCGUUAUUUAUCAUCGGUCCUCCGUUAUUUAUCGUCGAUCCUUUGUACAUAGCAUCUUAGAAGCAUAGCUGGAUACAAAUUAAUGGAAUCUUACGAGC